AUGCUAACCAGAACCUGCAUUGCCCUCAUCUCUCUUCUCGCUUCAUUCUCUCUUGCUAAAGCAGCCUACCUCAACCUCACUCUUCCAGGCCAACAUCCCAACCCAGAGGAAGUUGUUCAAGAAGUUCAUAGGAGGGUAAAUGCUUCUGUAGUAAGAAGGGAAAUGCUGCAAGUAACCCAGAGAGAGCAGUUCUCUUCAUGCUUAACCGGGAACCCUAUCGACGAUUGCUGGAAAUGCGACCCGGACUGGCCCAACAACCGUCAACGCUUAGCGGACUGCGCAAUCGGGUUUGGUCAGUAUGCUCUUGGAGGCAAAGGUGGGGAGUACUACAUUGUCACUGACUCUUCCGACGAUGAUGCCGUGAAUCCAAAGCCGGGGACUCUGAGAUACGCCGUGAUACAGCCGGAACCAUUGUGGAUUGUGUUCCCUAGCAACAUGCUCAUCAAGCUUAAUCAGGAGCUCAUCUUUAAUAGCUACAAGACUGUUGAUGGGAGAGGAGCUAAUGUUCACAUUACGGGCGGGGGAUGCAUUACUUUGCAGUACAUAAGCAAUGUCAUCAUCCACAAUGUGCAUAUCCACCAUUGUGUUCAGUCAGGGAAUACAAAUGUGCGGUCAAGCCCAACCCACUACGGCUACCGCACGAAGUCGGAUGGCGACGGCAUCUCCAUCUUCGGGUCCAAAGACAUAUGGGUCGACCACUGCAGCCUAUCACACUGCAAGGACGGUCUCAUCGACGCCGUGAUGGGUUCUACAGGCAUCACAAUCUCAAACAACUACUUCUCCAACCACAACGAGGUAAUGCUCCUCGGCCACAGCGACGACUACUUGCCGGACUCCGGCAUGCAGGUGACCAUAGCCUUCAACCAUUUCGGGGAGAAUCUAGUGCAGCGCAUGCCUAGGUGCAGACGCGGCUACAUCCACGUAGUGAACAACGACUUCACUGCAUGGGAGAUGUACGCGAUCGGCGGGAGUGGGAACCCUACGAUAAAUAGCCAGGGGAACAGGUACACUGCGCCGACGAAUAGGAACGCCAAGGAGGUGACGAAGCGGGUGGACACGGGGGAGGGGCAGUGGAGAGGGUGGAACUGGCGGUCGGAGGGGGACAUAAUGGUAAAUGGAGCCUUCUUUGUGGCGUCCGGCGCCGGUGUGGAGAUCAAGUACGAGAAGGCUUACAGUGUGGAGCCUAAGUCAGCGGUGCUUAUUGACCAACUAAUCAUGCACGCUGGUGCUCUUGGUGUUGGUGGCAGGGACAACAACCUGGGGAAGUGGAACACAGGCCCGAACCAAGGCUUCGAUUCAGGGCCGGAUUAUGAGGAUGAAAUGUCCGGAAGCAGCACCAACAUGCCAAUGCAGCCGCUUUCAUCCACCUCUACUCUCUUUACCUUUUUUAUCCCAUUCUCGUGCUUGUUGUUUUUGUAUAUCAUCCCUGACUUGCAUUUGAUCGCAAUGAGAAAUUAA